GACCACGAAGGAAUGCAAGUCAAUGAUGCCAAUGCUCUUAACGUACAAAUGAAACAGGGAUCUGGGAUUAUCAGGCUCCAAAUUCGAGGCUUGUCAAACAUUAACAGGGGUCUGAAUCCUGGUCGCAGGAUCGCUCAAGACACCGGCGCAGAUAGCGUCUAGUCGGUUCCGAGCCGAUAUCCACCAUCCGGAUCACGGAAUUGGGGGUAGAAGCCUUCUUCUCGGUCUUCCUUGCCAUUCUUUUCUUUUUCACUUCCUCAAAUUUUGGCUUGUGACAACUACCUGCAUUUAUAGCUCGUGCAUAGAUCACACAAUGGCUGCGGUAGUCACGGAGAUCGUCGCCAACGCCUGCCAUCUAGAGCAGGAGAAGGUCACGCAUAUAGAGACCCUCUUAUCGCGAUUUGACAGCCUGUCAGCUGCAGAGCAAGACCAGGAACGAGCCUCUUACGUUACCACCGUCUUCCCCCUGUUCUUUGGCGCAGCUGCCGUCGUGCACGGGUCCAAUGGCUAUGAGCCGCAGCGUAUAGUUCCCUGGUCUACCAAUUGCUGGCUUCAACCUCGGGUAAUCGUCCGUCCAGGAUCUGCCCAACAAGUUGCAGCUGCGUUGGCGCUGUGCCGCUUUUUCCACGUCAGGUUCUCCAUCCGGGGUGGGGGCCAUUUGCAGAUUCCGGGCUUCACUAGUAACCAGGACGGCGUGGUCAUCUCCUUGGGAGCAUUUAAUCAAGUCCGGGUGGCUGAAAACAAAUCUACGGCAGGUAUUGGCGUCGGAUUGAGAUGGUUGGAAGUAUAUCGCCGUCUUGAACAACACGGGGUGGCGGUUGCAGGAGGAAGAGUGCCUUCCGUUGGGGUUUCCGGCUUGUUGCUCGGCGGCGGCAUCUCCUUCCAGAAUAGUCAGUAUGGCGUGGGUGCCAUGGGCGUCUGCAACUACGAAGUUGUCCUCGCCAAUUCGCAAAUCAUCAAUGCCAAUGCCCGCGAAAACCCCGAUCUAUUCUGGGCCCUCAAGGGUGGCGGGCCGAACUUCGGCAUUGUUACCAAGAUCGAAAUGAACACCAUCCCCAACCAAAUAUGGACCGAAGUUCGUAUCUAUCCCCUCACGGCAGCCGACCAACUGCGCGCCGCACUGAUGCAAUACCACGAUGCCAUUGAAACCGACAACAAGGCAUCUCUCAUCUGGAACGCUACCAACGACAUCAUUCUCAUCGUCUAUGUUUACUGCGCGCCCAUCGAGAAUCCUUGGGUCUUCCAGGCCUUCUACGACAUACCUCAUUUCACUAGCUUCGUGCCCCCGGGUAUCCGCACCGUCUACGAUCUAGUCCAGGCCGUGGCAUCCGUGAAUGAAGCUGAGCCUACUGUCCAUGAGUUCCGCACCAUGUCCAGCCGCCCUAGUUUAGAAGUCUACAAGGCCAUCGAACAAGCUCACGCUGAGCAAGCAGAAGCUCUCAAGGACGUAGAGGGCAUCGCCUUGACGACCGUCAUUCAGCCUAUGUCGUCAUUCGCCAUGAGAGAAUCGCUUAAGAAUGGCGGAAGUCCUCUAGGUCUGGAGCCCGUUGGACAGCAGUGGUUCCUCGCCCGAGCAGACUGGAAGAACAUCCAAGAUGAGGAACGGGUGCGCGAGGCAGUGCGCAAAAUCGUGGAUGCGGCGGAAUCCGCGGCAAAACGGACGGGUGUGUAUCUCCCCUACAAGUAUUCAAACUAUGCGGCGUGGGACCAGGAUCCGUUGGCGAGUUAUGGUGCGGAGAACGUAAGACGAUUGAAGGAGGUGGCGAGGAAGUAUGAUCCCGAGGCGGUCUUUCAGACAUUGCAGAAUGGGGGUUGGUUGUUGAGUAAGGUUGGAAUGGAGUAACUAGAUAGGGGUCAUGAAUAGCCAGGUAGGUGGGUAGAUGAUAGACUGUACAUAUGGAGGUAGACAUUGUACGAGAGAUUGUGGUUUCCAUAGCGAUGUGGUCAGAAAGUUUGGCUCAGAAGUUGCCGAAGCUCGGAUCUAAGACAUGCAUUGGCCCCAGGCAUGGAUCACACUACUCGGC